AUGAUCAGGUUCUGGUUGACUCUCUUCUUGCUCAUCCGCCAAAAGGUCAGAUAAUUGGUUUUCCAUUAUUUUAUUUCUUUGCUUUUUACAGUUGUUUUUUGGCAUAAUAAAAAUAAUUUUUUGAUAAAUAUUUAUGCCAUUACAUCUAACUUUUUAAGGCAAUGGCGGAGAUGGAUAACGAAUUGAUAGGGACUCCUGAAAUCCGAUGCAAUCCGGAUACAAUUGAGAUGAAAUUCACAACAAAACGAAGAUUUACGGGGAAGAUUUAUGUCCAAGGCCAUUACAAUAACCCGGACUGUAGAGUAGACUACAGUCAAACGAACACGGAAGGGAGUCCGCUUCACGGUAUUCGACUUCACCAUGGAGCCUGUGAUAUGGACCGGCAGAGGACGGUAGGAUCAUCAAUUUUAAAAAUUGCAAUGUUUAUUUUUUGCGUCAUUCAAAAUUUAUUUUAGAUUCAGCCUGAAGGGAUGAAAUUCAGUUCAGUUUUAAUGGUCAGCUUCCAUCCGGUAGGCAAAAUAUGGUCAAUUUAUGUUGGAUCUACCAUGUUCAGUAAUGAAUAUUAAUUAUUUCAGCUAUUUGUGACCAAAGCAGAUCGAGCAUUCCACAUAAACUGUCUUUACAAAGAGGCCGUGAAUCUAGUCUCGGCCGAUUUGGAAGUGAGGUAAGCUCUUUCUGCCCAAUAUUCCCGUGCCCACUUCGAAAAAUAAAUUCGUUUCUAUGGCAGUUUACCUCUGGCUCUUUCAACUCCCUAAAUUUAUAUUUCUACUGUUACUUUUAAGCGAUCCAACCACCGAAUUGACAAAUAAUGACACCCCAAUGCCUCAAUGUACCUACAGUAUCAGGAAAGAUGAACUGGAUGGGGAACCAGUGAAAUACACGAAUAUUGGGGAUCAGGUGGUCCAUAGAUGGGAGUGCAAUUCAGGUAAGGUUGAAGUAAAGUGAGAUGCUUACUGCCAGAAAUGUAUGGAAUGUUGGUCCACAAAUGCUAUGUGGAAGAUGGACAAGGCGAAAAAAGGAUGGUGAUCGAUGAUCGUGGGUAGGGUUUAGACAAAAAAAUAUCAUCCAAUCAACUAGACAGUAGUACUGUACUACAACGUAUUUCUUGUAGAUGUCAUGUUGACCUCGUUCUCGGUGAUCCAACUUAUACAGAAGCCUUGAAUAUGGCUUACAGAGAGUCCAAUGUUUUCAAAUUUGCUGACAAAUUGGGUGUUCGGUUUAUGUGUGAGAUCAAAUUGUGUUUGAAGGAAAACGGAGGAUGUGAUGGGGUUACGGUAAGUAAAUUACAAAGCUUUUUAUAAAAUCUUUAGCCUCCUAAUUGUGGAAAUGAUCCCAAUCACAGUUUCCAAGAUGAUCGGACAUCCGAUGAAUGGGUCGCGGAUGAGAAUAUCACUGACAUUACGGUGCUAAGGGUGAGUAUUCUCUAAUAAAUCCUUAAAUCAAUUUUUAGAAGCAUCGGAAGCGUCGUUCGGCCAAACGAUCGUUCGAGCCCACAGCCCCGACUGUCAGUGCUGACCUCAUCUCCCAAUAUGUAUACGUUCUCGAUUCCACCGAGGAUUCAGCUGAAUUGGCCAGACUAACUCAGCCCUUGGUAUCUUCCAGAAGCUCUGUAUGUGUGAGCUGGACGAUAUUCGGGGUGUUGAUGAUGAUGUUAUUCUUAAUUUUCACGGUCUUCACCGCCAUCAUCCUCAAUAUUUAUAUGAAACAAUAUAGGUAAGGUUACUUUUUUUCAACUUACAAAACCAUCCUGUUUAUAAUAAUAAUCCUACUUUAGAGUAAAACAGUUCCCCUUAGAACCCUUUGAUAAGAACUCAGUAGCCUAUAGUUGA